AUGGUGUCGCUUCUACCCUUGCUCCAUGACCUGCUCCCCAUGAUCAUACCGGCAGAGGUUCAUGUUGCCCGCGGCGCUGAGCUGAUCUCCACCGAGGAAAAGGCCGAGAGACCACCAUGGUACCAACGUUCUCGAAGACGUGCGGAGGCAUCCGGCCAGUCGAGGGAACAGGGUCGUAGUGUGAAAGCGGCUGAUCCAAGGUCAUCGUCGGAGUCGAUCCCCGAAGAAUACGAGCCAAUACAGCUGCUUGAUCAUGAAGAACAUCGCAGACCUGCAGCAGCCGUUGCUAACAAGCAAGAAAAAGCGGCCGGUCUCUCGACGGUCACUGAACAUGCGUCGAUAACAUCGCCAGCGGACGGCCCGAAAGUCUUUCGUAAAGAUGUGAUGGCUGGCAUCACUGACAAGAUGUGUAUCUCAGUUCUCACAGUCAAACCAAGGUCUGCAUCGGCGAUUCGUCAUUACGGUGAACAGGACACUGUGAUAUACGCCGCCACUGGCGACGGCGUCCUUCUCACCAGUCCGUCUGUGAGUAUGGUCAGAGGUCUCAAGGCAGACAUCAAGGGCGAACUACCCAGCCGAGAGGAAGAGCUGCCACGCCGUAUUGAGCUGGGACCCGGUGACUUUGCACUCAUCCCCGCCUGGACCGAACACCAGAUCGUGAAUGAACAUAGCGAUAGCGACGUAAGUUGGGUGGUAGUCCGAAAUGGAAGCGAGCCCGAACAUGUAGACUUGGACAGCUGGGGAGGCAGAGCUAUUGAAAAGUAG